UGUCGAUUCAGUAUUUGUACUCAGUAGUCUUCACUUGAUAUCUUAAAUCUCACAGUGUUCCCUUUGCUAUCUGCUCCUGUAGUGAGGUGCGACUCUGCGAUGAAUGUGAGCGCGGGCAGCUCGUGGGCGACGCUGGUGCUGGCUGUGUGUGUCCUGUGUGGCGAGGCCAAGGACGGCUCCUCCAGGACCCGCGACGUCCAAGACAACGACCUCGACUCCUCCGACGAGUACCUCAAGGUCGGCAGGUCGCUCAACCUCCUCCCCAGAUACGGCUUCCUCACGCUUUCCAUAAAGGUGUUCCCACACCGGUCAGACAACAGCUGGCUCUUCCGGGAGAAGACAGCAGAAGUAUUUCAGAAGAACUCGUACUGGGCCACCCAGACUCACCAGGCUCCUGCAGAGACUGACCACCGCGGCUACGACCAGCACUUCCUCAUCGACUUCUGCGAUGAUGCCAGAGAUCUCCUCACUGCUUACUUUGAUAACUUCUACGUCGAAGGCGUUCCGGAGCCCCACAGAGUCUUCACCAGCUCUAUUUCUGCCAAGACUAAUGCACAGCACUUGGGUAUCAACCCGACUUUCCUGUCUUCAGAGUAUUCUUUCGUGCUGGUGCGUCUCUUCCGCAAGACCAGACGGGCAACCCUAGACGGUCAACUCACACUGACGAGCCACUUCAAGAGUUCCGUGGGUGACAUUAGGAUAGGAUCAUCGGAGUCGGUAAAUCAGUUCCUGGACCACUAUGGCACUCACGUUAUUACAGAAUACGAAGUGGGUGAUGUUAUGUAUCAAGUUUACGUCUUUGGAGAGAGAACGUAUACAGAACUGAAGAACAAUUUUGCCAUGAGUCAAACGAGCCAGACUGAACUCACUCGGAUGGAACGUUAUUUCACACCUUACUAUGCCCUACAUGUUGGUAAGGUGAAGCUGGCAUCAGGUAGCCCACAAUUUAAGAUCAUCAGUGACCAGCUGCUGUCUGUGACAUUUUUCCGCCUGUACCAGAGCAUCUUUUCCAUAUUCAAAGACCAGGAGCUGGAGAAGAAACUGGAAGAAUUAGAUGGUGAAGUGGUCUUGAGCUUAAAGCUGGAGAAAAUCACUAAAAUUGUUCCAAAGUCUCCGGAACGUCACUGGCUUGGCGAAGUGCUGGACAACACGCUCUCUCUCUACUAUGUUACCAUGUAAACUUUACACACUUGCAUGUAAGACUAAUAGGGUUCCACAACAAUAAAGAAAAGUGCUGAUGGAAAAUAAGUGAAAUUAGUAAAAGUUCUGAAGUUGGUCCAAUCGCCCAGAUCAUUAAGAAUUGUAUUGUCAAUACAGAGAGAACUUCAAUCAUGCCAACAGUAUUUGUAACCCUAGAAGUUUUCUGAACAAGGCAGUCUGCCAAUAAUGUUAAAACCAGAAGACUUUCCCUUCACUUCAGUUGUUUAGGGGGAAGAAACUAGACUGAUAUCUCAGGAAAAUUUGCGGACAUUUUACGUGAAGACAUCUUGGUGCUCUCUUCAUGUUAUAUAUCUCAUAUAAUAUGGAUGCAAAGAAUAUAUUUAUGGAAAGAAUUAAAUGGAAGUUUGUAAGAUCAAAUGAGUAUAUUGUUAUAUACUGUACUCUUAAGUACAAAACAUUUAAAUAUUGUAUACUAACAAUAUAAAUUUGUAACAAAUUAUAUAUACUAAAUCUUGUGAGAUUAUAAACAGGUGUAAAGUUUGAUCAAACUGUGAUAUUUCACAUUAAUUUACUAGUAACCCAUCUCUUUUAUUGGGUUGCAAGGCACCGGAUUAAGGUAAAACUAAACCAUGGAUAUGGUUGACUCUUCCCCCAGGUUGGGGGUAGGGGGAGAGGGUCCCCCUUCCCCCAGGUUGGGGGGGGGGGAGGGAGUCCCCCUUCCCUUUGGGGAUUUUUUUUAUAUCCUUUUUAGUGGUUUGCCUCCCCUCCUCCGAGGUGUCUUACUGUCUAGUAAUACACCGCAGGAACUGUGCUGUCUUAUGGACUCUUAAUACCAAGAUUAUAAAAGAGAAAGUAGAUUUAAUUGUUUAAUAUACAAAUAUAAAUCAUUUAUAAUCAACCCCUACAUAUUUGAUGGCAUUUAUACCACUAGGCAAAUAAUUUGAUAUCUAGUUUUCUCAUGAAAUGUUCAUUACUUACAGAUGCAUUAUGAAAAACAUAGUUUUAUGUCUUAAUGAAAAUUAUACAAUAGAAUAUUUAUUUCAUUAUCAUGUCUAAGCCAAAGUGCCUAUGUCAAAACAAUAGAUAUUUUUAUAAUACCGAAAUAAUUUAAAUUUACUGUAAACACUCGAAAAGUCAACUUGCUUAAAAACCCACGUUAUUGAUACAUACUGAAGUUUUUCCACUAUGCAAUAAUUUAAUAAAAUGUGGUUAAUAAUUCACA